ACAGGAUCCUUCCUGCGGGUCCUGGCUCUUGCUCUGGGUGACAGACCCCCAUGGCAUCUGCCCCAGCAAAAGGGACUUGAGGACAACCUCUCACUUACUGACAUCAGCCCCUCUGCCCCGCCCCAGCUCCCUUUUUGCCUCCAGAAAACUUUGAACAGAAGUGGCACUUAAGUGCAGUUCUGCACAUGCUGAAGUGGCAGGAAGGUGACCCACAUGUUGCUCUAGGCACAUGUGCAGCAAGGACAAAGGAAGUGUUUGAGGGGCUGGCUCUCAAGGCAUUCACUCAUGCAAUAGGAGCCCUGUUUCUGAGAGGCACAGCCAAGAGUGGAGCAGUCAAGCGUGGAGAACGGGGGAUCUCCUGAGCCAGGGAAACCCUGGGGGAGCAGAGAGACGCAGAUACCGGGCAGACCCCAAGUGACACCUGCUGCUGGCGCACAGGCACCGCGGGGACACGCACACUUUGGGGUGAGCUUGCUGUGCUUUACUGCAGUAUGCAGCACACAGGCAUUCCGUUUCUCAGAAAUCAUUAAAUAUGUAUAAAUUGCUUGAGUCUGCACAGUUAGUUUCUGAGGGUCUACUGGGGAUCUUUAGAGACCCUGGGUGUUCACUGAGCUUUUGGCCUUUUGUUGACCUUUCAUUGUGGUCUUCCAUAUAGUAGUCAUUUUCAUCUUGGUUGUCUGAGCAGCAGAAUGUGUUCUUGAAGAAACUGUGUUGUUCUGGCUUGGCUUGGGACAUAGAGGGUUUCAGAGCUUUCAGUGUUCCACUACCCACUCCUCCCUCAUAAGCUAUUUGCAACAAUCCCUCACAGAGAUCCUUUCAAGAUUUGUCUUGGAAGUCUCACUUCUAAAACUAAUUUUCUUUUCUAGGAUAAGAAUGUUUGUUAUUACAAAUAUUUGCAAACCAUCUCAUGAAAGCUGAAAUACAAUGAAUUAUCACGCAGAAAAAAAUGCAAACAGUCACAAUUCCAGCACGGGUUAGAAAUACUUCUGUAAGCCUUUAAAGGUCUGGUAGCCAUGAGGAAAGCCAGUUCCACCUAGAGUGGGGACUUCUAGUCUUCUCCCAUUCUUACACUCCUUUUUCUGACUGAUGAUAUGCCAGAUUGCUGGAUAUCAAAUCAACCAGCAUUCUUGUAACAAAUCCAGCAAUUUGUAACCUUUACUCAGGGCUCAAGGCAGUAGCUGUCUUUAGCACCACGUCUUUUGUUCCAGGAGUACCACCUGUUACUUUCAGUUUCUGUUCAGGGAUAACCAGUGACCUCCUUUUUGUGCUGAACCAGACAUAACCAUGUUGGGCACAUAAACUAUCACUUUUCUUUCCCAUUUAUUUUCAAGUAUAUUCUAUCAAUCAGGACCAUGGUGGUUCCUGCUCUGAGGUGCACUGACCAUGCCUUGAGUACAUUUUUUAGUUAUUUUUUGAGAAAUACGCCCAAAAUACCACAGGGUUUCUUCCUUCGUUCCCAUUCUUUGAGCUAAAUAUGGGGCUACUGUGCAGGGCAAAGGCACUCAUGGAUGAACAGUGCAAAGGGUUCCAUCAAAUCUGGUAACUCCAGAGCAGGGGUUGUCAUCAAUAACCUUUAAAAGGUAUGGAAAGGCUGUUGGACAUUCGAGUCCAGUGUAACAACCUCCAUGGAUUCCUUUCAUGGUUCAUACAAAGACUUUUCCAACAGUCCCUAACUGGGGCUCCAUAAUCAACACAAACCAGUCAUUCCCAAAAAGGCACGCAGUUCUUUUACAGAUCUGGGCUCUGGUGUUUGACAAAUUGAUUCCUCCCUUUGUGUCCCCAGACUACACUGUCCUUGUGAGUGUGGCAGCCAGGAGAUGAGACAUGGGUAGAUAUAGACAUGGACUUCAAAACUAACACAAGAUAUCAUUGAAAAUGAACUUUGGAUGGUAAUAUUCAACACAUUUUAACCUACAUGCUUUAUUAUUUCUCCCUGUAAUGCCUGGACAACUUAUGGCUAGCACUUAUUUUUGGUGCCAGCUGACUGAAAUCUGGACUAAUCUUGGGUAUGGGGGAAAUGACAAUAAAACCAUCAUAAAUUGAAUAUAAAAUGUUUUUCUACAUGUGUCAAUAACUUCAAUGGCCACUUGCAGUCAGCACAAAUGUCAGCCUAGAAUUUUGCUCGGGGCCAGCACUGGCCUUUCCAUGUCAGCUCCUCCUGCAGAGGCUGUGGGGGCCUGGGCAUGCUGCUGGCUUGUUUCCUUUUAGGGGACUGGGAUGAGGAAAGGUCGGGGGAUUUUGUCAAAGAGAUGAUGUUUGAGUGACCGUGUACGUGCUGGAAGCCUCACAGACUGAAGGGCCCAGGACAGGAGUGCCCAGUGCUGGGAGGGCUGCACCUUGCUGCCCUGGUAAGAGGUGUUAAGCUGCUCCUUCGCCUCCGAGAGAGCCAAGUGCAGCACGUUAGAGCAGAAACCCUUCACUAGGCCUGGUUUGCACAGCUGCAGCACCUGGGGUUGGUGGAGUGCCCCUUUCUGCACUUGGAAAUGAGCUGAGUCAGUCAUGGGCCAGGCAGGGCAUUCCCCACCUGUGCCCAUUGUGAAUUCCCUCUGCCCCGACUGUGACACGUCCCGCUCCUCAGUGACAUCCCGCCCAGCCUGGAACAUGGAACUCCCCGUUUCCAAGGACACGUGGCCAUUGUCACCGGCACACGGCAGGACCGCUCAGACCCUUCGGCGGCUGCAGCCAGAGCGGAGGUGUCAGAGCGACAGCGAGUGUUGUUCCAGCUUUGGUGGUUCCAGCACUCGUUGUUCAAGAGGCCGAUCCACACACUGAGUGGAGCCAAAUGCCAGCGAGGUGUCGCACAAUGGAAGUGUGCAGGAUGUCAAAUUGUAUAACCCACUUGGAGGUUUGCAGGCACAUAUCAGAGAGGCAUGGUCCAAAGAACAGGAAGUGGAGAAAGGCAUUAAAAGUUUGACCUACAUUGAAAGAUUGAAGGAGCGUGUAAAGAAAGUGAAAAUACCAGAGCUCAGGAGAGCCCCAUGCAGCUCUCCAGAUCUUGUGCCUGAGAGGAAGAGAACGAUGCCCACGAACCCUGCCAAAUUCUUCCAGAGACUUUCCAGGACUGUUUCCCAACGACCCAUCAGAGACAGGGUGAUUCAUUUACUGGCUCUCAAGAAUUACAAGAAGCCAGAGCUACUUUCCCACUUAGAAAGAGAGGGAGUUGUGCAAAAGGACAAGGAAUCUCUUGGAAAGAUCCUUCAGGAGGUAGCCAACCUGGAUGCAAAUGAGAAUUCUUUCAGCCUGAAGGAACAUUUCUUUAAAGACAUCCAGGAAGAUUGGCCUGGCUACACUGAAAGAGAUAGACAGACAUUGGAGGUGACCCUUUCUCAAAAACCAACUCCAUCUCAGAAUUCCACCAGCACCAGCCAGUCACCAUCUCUGGGACCUUCUGAAGGAGAUACUCCACCCAGAACUGCUCAGAAACGGCCUCUGGAUUCUGACUUUCUCAGUCCUGUGAUGGGCAAGAAGCAGAGGAUUGACCAAGAGCCCAGUGAUGUCCAGCCAGCAGCUGGUGGCCACUCUCCUUCUUUCUUGGACCUGCCUUCCACAUCCUGUUCAAUUUUGAACAUGUCUCCAAGUGUCAGAUCCAUUUCCGUUUCCACCGAAGUACAACUGAAAAAUAAGGUUCUGACACAUUCUGGAUUCCCAGUGUCUGCCAGGGUGCAGGGGAAGACUCCCAAGUCCAAAGGAGAAGAAGCAGAGGUCAGAGGAGCCCAACAAAACAAUCCAGGUCCUGUGCCUGAGAAGAAGAGGAUGGUGCCUAUGAGACUUGCAGACAUCGACUGGAGCAGCUGCGCUGCUGUUUACAGCCGACCCUACAGGGACAGGGUGAUUCAUCUGCUUGCUCUGAGGGAUUACAAGGAGCCAGAGUUACUUGCUCGGCUGCAGAGAGAUGGAGUCAGGCCAAAGGACAAGGAUUCCCUUGGAAAGAUCCUUCAGCAGGUAGCCAACGUGAAUGCAAAGGAGAAUUCCUUUAGUCUGAAGGAACAUCUGUUUCAAACCCUUCAGAGUGAUUGGCCUGGCUACAGUAAAAUCGAAAGAAAGAGUUUGAAGUCAAUACUUUCUAGAAAAUCAGCUCCAUCUCAGAACCCCACCAGCAGCAGCCAAGCAACGUCUCCAAGGCCUUCUGAGACAGAUGCUCCAGCAAGACCUGCUCAGGGUAGCCCCAGCUACUCCGAGAUGAAGAGCAGGUGCCACAGGAGCAGUAGCUCCACAAAAAGCUGUCCCACAUUCAGCAAUGAGUAUCUGAAUUUGGCAAGCAGCAAGUCCUGGAGUCCUGGCACCAGUCUUCUGCUUCAGCAAAGGAUCAUCUAUGAGCUCCAGCUGUUUUAUUUUAAAAGAUGAUUAGCUUUUUAGGUUUCUUCAAGUUAGUAAUAAGGAGAUGAUUAUUUGUUAAAAAUGUAGGAUUAGUUAGUCUACGAUUAGAGACUUUAGUAUUGAACUUUAGCAAUAAAAAAGUUGCAUUAUUGUUAACUCCUUCUCUUAUCAUCAGUUUUAUCAUAUUUGGAGAGUCUUUCUUCUGGUCAAUUCUUCUCUUCAAGACUUAGCUCUGUCCACUGAAUGAAACUUAUCAGUAGAGAAUGGAAGCCCAGUACCUUUAUUAUAAAAUUGUGCACAUAUUAAGAAAAUAUUGUAGCAAAUGGAAUUUCUUUAUGACAAGAAUAAGCCUGUUUUCUGAUUUACUUGUUAAUUUAAAAUCUUUGCCUUAAGGGAUGGAAAGGGUAGAGGACAACCU